UUUACAAAACCGCGUUGUUAGAAGUUUUUUUAAAAUUUUAAAAAAUGAUAAUAAUAAAAUAAAAAAUGCUGUGGAGGAUAUUUACACGUUUUGGAUCAAGAAUAAUGCGUUUGCUAACAACAAGAAGUUGUUUUUUAUUUGCAACAAUAUUUUUUUUGUAUCAUGUAUUAUUAUUGCCGUACUUACUAAAGUUAUUUUACGACCAACCGAUUGAAUCAAAUCCACAAUUCAUGAAGUUAUUUAAAAAAACCAAACAGCUAAAAGUUGAAAAUGUUUUACUUCAAAAAGAAAUGCAAAAGAACUAUAAAGAUGAGAAAUUUAGACUUUUUGAUGCAGAAACUAAAGCCAGAGAACUCGCACUGUUUAUUGAAAACUUAAAACUUAACAACAACGUCAGUUUCUUUGAAAAUAACUCCCAAACAAAUUGGAAAAGGAAUGGAAAUGAUUUGCUUCUGUAUGCAGAUAGUAUAAAAAACAAAAUUGAAACGAUUAAAGCUCACGAGGCAAAAAUUGCAAACAGUGUCUCACUAGCUCCACGAAGCGCUAACUUUGAGGUUUUAAGUAGAAGAAUUUCUAAUCAAAUUGAAGAAAUGUGGUUUUUAUGGAGAGGUAACUUGAAAAAAAUACAAGACGUUCUUAAAAAUCAUAAAAUACCUUCCGGUUUUUUGAAUAAAAUAUCAGAUGAGUUUCGCGAAAUCAAUCAAAUAACGGAAAGAGACUAUGAAGAAUUAAUGGCGAUAGAUGGGAUAAAAGAAUAUAAAAAAAAUCUAGCCAACAACUUAUCAAAUAAAAUUCAAAAUCGCAUUUUUAAACUUCAGCAUCCUUCAAGCUGUUAUAAUGCAAAGAAAUUAGUAUUAAAUUUAAACAAACCCUGUGGUUAUGGCUGCCAAAUGCAUCAUCUCAUCUAUGGAAUGAUUGUGGCCUAUGCUACAAAACGCAUUUUAGUAAUUUCUGACACAAAUAUAGGAAGUGAUACUAAUUUAAAUUUGUAUUACCAAAAAUUAACAAACUGCAGUUUAUCGUCUAAGCAAAUCAUUGCUCAUUGGGGUGAAAACAUAAAAAAUAAAAAAGUGGUCUCUUUGCCACCUGUCGAAUUUAUUCGUCCUAGACCUAAACAAAUGCCUAUGGCUGUGCCAAAUGAUAUCAUUGACACGCUGAAGGCUUUUCAUUCGCGUCCUUUUAUUUGGUGGGUAGGGCAAAUAUGUAAAUUUUUGUUUCGACAACAACCAUUUCUUAGUGACAAACUUUUUAAAAAGAAAAAAGAAUUAAAGUUUAAGAACCCUAUUGUUGGCAUACACGUCCGUCGCACUGACAAAAAAUUGGAAGCUGCUUACCAUAACUUAGAGGAAUACAUGUAUUGGGUUGAUCUUUACUACAAAAAAAGAGAACUUUCCGGAUCGUUGAGUCCAAGAAGAGUCUUUAUUGCAUCUGAUGAUACAUUGAUUAUUAAGGAAGCUAGAGAGAAGUAUCCAAAAUACAUAUUUAUCCAUGAUGAGAUGGCGUCAGAAUAUGCAGAUGUAAAUCAACGUUUUUCAAAGAGUUCAAUUGAGGGGAUCAUAUCAGAUGUUGAGUUACUUUCAGAAUGUGACUUUUUGGUUUGCACAUUUUCUUCUCAGGUUUGUCGAUUAGCUUACGAAUUUAUGAACCACAAACAUACGGAUGCAAGCAAAAAUGUUCGAUCAUUAGAUGAUAUUUAUUAUUUUGGAGGUCAAAAAGAACAUGCAAUGAAAGUUAUUUGGCCGAACAUAAAGACGUCGAAUGAUGAGCUAAAGUUGGAUAUAGGAGAUACCAUAAAAAUAGCUGGAAAUCAUUGGGAUGGAAAAAGUAUUGGUAAAAAUCUUUUAACUCAAGAAGUUGGUUCUUUUUUUUCAUAUAAAGCUGAAGAUAUUAUCAAUGUGGAAAACUUUUUGACCAACUUAGAUUAAAAAAACCAACUUAGAAUUUGGAUGACAGUAGAACCUUAAAUUGAGCAAACCAACUUAGAACAAACCAACAUAGUUAAAGAAUAAAUUGAAUUUAUUAUUUAAAAUAUUAAAUUAUCAAUAAAUGGCGUCAUCAUUCCGUCAAUUUUAAUUUAUGCGUGUUAUCAAACUUUGUUGUUAUAUUAGAAUCAUAUUUUUAUAAUUA